AUGAGUACCGAAGACCGCCGUGUGCUACGGAGGAUGAAUGCGCAUAAACGCAGACCUGGCGAAGCGCCGACUUUGAUACCUCUGGCGACGUCAUGGUCCGGAACUCGCCCCGCUCUUUGCGCUUGGUUUAGCGUACGCGCAGGUUUCACGCUUGAGCGCCGGGGUGUUCGGAGCGCCCAGGCAUUGGAGCGCCUCCGGGCGAGUCCUCAGAAGCGACACCUCAGCGGUCAGAUGCCAGCAAAGGCGCUCUGCUUUAUUCCAGUCGGACUCACCGCAAGUCGACGGCGAUCCUGGCUCCUCUGUGCGCCACGAGCUGGCAUAACAGCAGUACCUGCAGCAGCAAAACGAGGAUCGUAUCACUACAGGCGCUACGAAGCGAAUGCUUUCUUGUUCGCUCUGAGCCGGUCCCCGUGCCGCAUGAGCAACGUCGACUCGGGGCAUUCCGCAGAGACCGCUGCAGCUCAACAGACAUCAAGAGGUCGACGCGAGUCACAGGUUGCACUGUGGCUGGGUUGCGCUUUCUUCGGACUCGGAUGGUUACUGCCGACCUACUGGAGUUGGCAUGACCAGGUCAACCUCGACACGCACUUAAGAAUGCUAGUUCUGUAUACCGUGUUCGCUGUGCUGCACUCUGGUGGUGCUGCAUUGCGCCCCAGGGCCGCUGAGCUUCUCGGCGAGCGUCUCUACCGCGUGCUCUUCGCGUUCAUGUCCCUACCAACAGCUGGUGUAACCGUGGCCUACUUCCUAGCUCAUCGACGUGACGGCAUCAGUUUCAGUUGGUUGCAACAGGACCUCCCCGCACAUUUUCCUUUCUUUCACGAAAUGGUCUGGGUCGUAAGCGCCAUAUCCUUCCUGUUUCUGUAUCCAGCGACGCUGGACCUAGCGCAAGUAUCCGCAAUCAAGCGGCCAACAGUCCGCCUCUUCGAGCAGGGUAUCAUGCGUGUGACGCGCCACCCGCAGCUGUGGGGCCAGUUCCUCUGGUGCCUGGCCCACGGCGCCUGGAUAGGGAGUUCGAUGGCGAUUACGGUUAGUUGUGCACUCAUCGGCCAUCACUUUAUAGCCGCUUGGCACGGUGAUCGUCGACUCCGUCAACGAUUUGGUGCCGCAACUUGGGACGCGUUUGCUGAGCGAACAAGCCUCUGGCCCUUCUGGAGUAUGCUGCAAGGGAAGCAGUCGCCACGUGUCGCAAUACAAGAGAUGCUGCGCCCGGCCUACAUUGGGGUGUUGGUUUUCGUCUAUCUAGCUUAUAAAGCGCAUCCGCUGCUGUUCGAGUGGGCUGCAGCGAACACGCGCUUCCUCUCAUGA